AAUUUUUCAAAAAUACACUUCUCAUAAGUUUUAGAGCAAAUUUAAAAUUGUAAGCUUCUUUGCAAAAAGAAACCUUCAUCGCAAUACAUCUUUUAUAUUUACUUCAUUACUGCACAUCGGUAACUUGAACAGUUAUACAUUAAGUUACAUUUUACUUUGUCCGAUGGCACUGCCAUGCAAUUUACACCGGCGCGACAUAAGUCAUAAAUUUUGCAUAACCUCAUGUGGUUUAGUGAAGUGUGAGACUUCAAAGCUUUUUUUUAUGAUUUUGUUACUUGUGCUAUCACAAUAACAAAAUAAUAAUAGUAAUAAUAAUAAAUAAAACUUUUUUAUCGUUAAAACGUAUAAUUAGAUAAUAGAAAUAAAAUGUCCAGUACCAGCAGUGUCAACACGAAUCCUUCGACGUUGCUACCUUUAGAACUUGUGGAUAAAUGUAUAGGGUCUAGAAUUCAUAUAAUUAUGAAAAAUGAUAAGGAGAUUGUGGGUACACUGUGCGGUUUUGAUGAUUUUGUUAAUAUGCUUUUGGAAGAUGUAACAGAAUGUGAAAUCACUCCAGAAGGUAGAAGAAUUACGAAGCUUGAUCAAAUUCUUCUUAACGGAAAUAAUAUCACUAUGCUAGUACCUGGAGGAGAUAUGCCAGAUACAUAAAAACUGAGAAGUUGUCAUUUUUUAAUACUUGGUAAUUAAUUCAAAAUUUAAGGAAAAUAAAACAUGAAUCAAAACUUUGAACAAAUUAA